CGGCAAUAAACCUUGCCCAGACCAAACCAACUUUCUCCCUCUCUCUCUCUGACGAUCACGACAACGACGACCAAGACGACGACCACGACGACGACGUCGACAACAAACGACAGCGACGACGACGUCAACGGCAUCUCGUCUUUUCUUCCUCCGACAUAACCCGCCUUGAUCGUAAUCGAUAGCCACAGAUUACCCCAGCGCAGCACAGCAUCCAUCGACUCAACUUUCGGCACGACCAUACGUCGUCCAUCCGCUCUUUCCCCCCUCUGCUUUUCGGACAUUCCUCUCGCUCGCUCGCUCGCUCGCUCGCUCUCGAUCGCGUGCAUCAUCUAAUACAACAUAAUACACAUCAUGGCCGGCCACUUGAGGAAAAAGGAGGACGACUCGUCGCCGUACGUUGAGAGGAUGUCCUUCGAGGACAAGGAAGACGAUGGCCUCAUGAGCCAGUCUCGCCCUGCCGUCGCUGCCGUUUUCCCUGCCGGCUUGUCACAGUCCCUGCACAAGGUCGACGAAAGUGGUACCAUCUCUAUUCUGGCGUACUGCGCCUCGUCCAUCAGCAUGACUGUUGUCAACAAGUAUGUCGUGUCGGGCGAUUUCUGGAACCUCACGUUCUUCUAUCUCGCCGUUCAGUCGAUCGUUUGUAUCGGAGCCAUCCUUAUAUGUAAACGACUCGGCAUGAUCAAGAACUUGGCGCCCUUUGAUCCGGAAAAGGGGAAGAGGUGGUUCCCCGUCUCGUUCCUCCUCGUCGGCAUGAUCUACACGAGCAUCAAGGCCCUCCAAUUUCUCUCCGUGCCAGUAUACACCAUCUUCAAGAACCUCACCAUCAUCGCCAUCGCCUAUGGCGAAGUCCUCUGGUUCGGCGGCAGCGUCACUCGCAUGGCCCUCCUCUCCUUCAUGCUCAUGGUUUUGAGCUCCGUCGUCGCCGCUUGGGCCGACAUCCAAGCCGCCGUCUCUGGCAAAAUGGGGUCUGGUGACGAUGCCCUCUCGACCCUGAACGCCGGUUACUUUUGGAUGGCCCUGAACGUCAUCUGCACCGCUUCGUAUGUUCUCAGCAUGCGUAAGGUGAUUAAGAAGAUGAACUUUAAGGACUGGGAUACCAUGUUCUACAACAACCUCCUCACCAUCCCCGUCCUCCUCCUGUGCUCCGUCCUGACCGAAGACUGGUCCGGCGCCAACUUCGCCAAGAACUUCCCCGAAGAAUACCGCAACCGCAUCAUCGUCGGCGUCAUCUACUCCGGCCUCGCCGCCAUCUUCAUCUCCUACUGCUCCGCCUGGUGCAUCCGCGUUACCUCGUCCACCACCUAUUCCAUGGUCGGCGCUCUGAACAAGCUUCCCAUUGCCGUCAGCGGUCUCAUCUUCUUUUCGGCCCCUGUGACGACGGGCAGUGUGUCGGCCAUUACCAUCGGUUUCAUCAGCGGCAUCGUCUAUGCGCGGGCCAAGAUUCUGGAGGCCGAGGAGAAGAAGAAUUCUCUCCCCACAUCAGAGAGCUCGGCCGGACGGGACGGGUCCAAGGGGUAGAUCGAGAGCGCCGCUGUUUGACGACGUUUGAGAUUCCUUCGUCGUUAUUUCUUCCGUUGGUGUGCGAUUUCGAUUUCCUUCUUUCCGAGUUCAGAGCUUAUCGGCGUCAUCUAUACUAUUUCCGCGUCGCAUUGGGGGGAUUCGUCUGGUCGAGCGCAUUAUAGACACGUCAA